CCCAAAAUCUAUUAUUCUUGUGCAAUGCGCGCGGUCUCCUGCAUAAUUUAUGCUUACGUGCAUGGUUACGCGUCUUGACAACAGCGCAUUUAUAUUCAUACCGAGACGCAGUUUAAUAUCAAUCCGUACCAGCGCGAUGCAUUUGCGCAUUUAACCCAUCGACGCUGCGAAGAACUUUUGGACCUAAGGAAUUUUAGGCCUGUUUUUUUUGGACCUGACUUACCACGACCCUGAGAAGUCUGUAGAAGUAAGAGACCCGCCAGAAUGGCUGUCAUGAAGAGAUGCUGCUGUUUUAAUGACACCCGCAGUGGUACAUUAGCCUCUGCAAUCUGCAGCUUGCUUUAUGCGAUAAUCUUUGCUGGGUUAGCCGGAGCGAGUUUUGCCUUCUCGUCGCUUUUCUUGGAUGGCAUUGUCCUCGUCAUGUACUAUGUGGAUUUCGCAAUCUAUGGACUGGUUAUCGUUUGCGCCAUCAUCGCCAUCGUUGGCGUUUCCAAGGACAUCGCUGGUAUGCUGCUACCGUACAUCAUCGCACUGACUCUGAUGAUGGUGCUGGAGCUGGUGUCUUACAUCGUUUGGAUAGCCAUACUCGGGUUUGCAGCAAUUCUUCUCAUCAUACCUUUCGUGAUCUGGAUUCUUCUUCUUGCACUCAAUAUUGUGUGCCUGUUGUGUGCGAUCUCCCAGUUUCAAGAACUUAAGGCUGGUCGGGGUCGAAUUGAAGACGUCCAGGCCACACACACGACAACCAUUGUCAUGACCGGCGGGCCAGUGGUGACCAACCAACCCCCGCCAGGAACUUUCGUUGUAACCACCACGAAUCCGCAGGUACAGGCUGCACCGCCCGCCUACGGUCAGCCCAUGGGCCAGCCUGUGGGACAGCCCAUGAUACAGCCAGGAUAUACACAGCCUACAAUACAGCCGGGAUACACACAGCCCAUCACCUUAAACCAGCCUGACGAUGUGGGCAAAACGUACUAAGACGCGGAGUCAGUCGCCAUCUCUGAUUCACAUAUUCACAAAUGCAAAAUGUAUACAUUUUAGUUUAUUGUAAGUGUAGUUGCAAAAAGCACCACUAUUUGCCUGUGUUUGAGGGUGAAGGGAAUGUGUUUAUGCGUUUUUAUUCUGACAUUGCCAACGAUGUGCAUAAAUUGGGAAGUACACAUUCAAUUUCUUUCUUUUUUUCUGGUAUGUUGAAAUACAAGAGACUGUAAAUUUGAAUGCCCCUAAGUUAACUGGUUUUGCAGGCAGGCCUGAUCGUACCAAAAUGUUCUUGAUUAAUGUUGCAUAUGAAGCGUACCUCCUUGUGCAUUUAAUUUAUGAACUUUUUCUUUGCCUUUGCUCAUGUUUUUGACCGAUCGGGCCUUCUCUACAGUCGUAGGUGUUUCGAGAAAUUAUUUUGGUGGUAUUUCUUUGGUCCGUCACCAGUACACGGAGUGAUAAUUUUGGGUGAGGUCUGCACGAUCGCCCGAUCACUCUGCUCAAUUGGUCGAUUCUUUGUGAAAUCUCCAAACUGUACUUCCCUUUAUGAAAAACAGCUCACUGUAUGAUAUAACGUGAAUUAAUGAAAAUUACUUUUAACGACAUCAACCGUGCUUUAUGUACACAAAACAUCUGCCAACGACUGUGAUGUCGUGCCCAGAUUCAGCUUUACUCAUUAUAACACAUUUUUGUCUAACAUGCAGACAUUAUAACGAAGAAAAACCUAUUGGAUUAAUACACAGAACACCUUUCACAUGAAGUUUCCAUUGGUACAUUAAAAAAACAAGUGCAGUGUACUUUCUUUUUGCUAUAGAUUGCAGCUGGUAGAAGUCUGAUUUUCUGUACAAAAGGUCACAUGUAUACGUUGUAUGCACAUCUUGUAAAUAUUUUAGAGGGAAAGAUAUGAAAUUAAAAAAGGCUGAUAAAACUACACAAAAAAUAUAAA